AUGGAAAGAAGAUUAACAUCGUACCGCUCAGAUGUGGACAACGGUGAAAUUGACAUUUGUGAUAAAUAUUUACCCGCUGGUGGGGCUUGGUAUUUUGUUGAUGUAGAUAUGCCAACGACGGCACCGCCAAUGUUCAGCUGUGGUACUACGUUCUCUAUCUGGUACAACGGAACGUUGCCUACAGAUAGUAGAGUUGUUCAUGGAAAGGCUUGUAAAGUUAAAGGAAAGUCGCAUCCAUGUGAUACAGAAUAUCUAAUUUCAAUAAAGAAAUGUGUAAACUUUAAUGUUUACUUCUUGCGGCCAACUAAAACAUGUGCAGAGGCCUAUUGUUUUGGCAGAGGUACUUUAGAUACACCACCUUCUGAAGUUCUCAAAACAAAACCUCAAGUAAAAUAUGUCUUAGAACCAGUUUCCGCCGACGGUAUAACCAGAGACGUUCUACAGUUCGAGUGUUAUUUUGGAAAAACCUCAGAUUUGCAAAGUCCGUAUUAUCAAGUUACAUGGGUUGUUAACGGUGAAUCAGUCAUGACAAAAACAGCUAGCAAGUCGGAACUUACAAGCCUUCGACUUAAAGACUUAACAUCAAGUAUUUCAACUCUUGAUAAAACUCUUAUGUGUGUUGUAAGACCAAAGAAUAAUAUUGAUGGACGAUCUGGUCAUACAAAUAAAAGUGAAUCAUUCUAUGCUGGUAUCAAGGUGAGCAAGACUUCUUUUUCUCUGGAGGCCGACUCUAACGUGGAAUUAAAGUUUAAUUUAACAGUUCCAUUUGGUUGUAUGCGGAGAUCCUCCUUACCAAAUACAAACUGUGAAAUUACAGUACAGAUGUUAACAAAACCAGAUGCAGGACAUACAAACUGUACUAGUAAAAUCAUUUCAAAUGCAGUGAACUGUCGUUUACAAAUAAAGCAGCUUGAUUGGAGUAAGGAACAUUCCAUUAAAUUGUCAUUCAAAGGAAAAGGGACAUACAACGUUGGAUAUCCAAAUGCAUUUUCUGUCAAUCUUGAAACAUCUAUAGUGGAUGAUAUAUGGGAUGAAUACAAAUUCCCUACCAUAACGAUAAAUGUGUACAACUCCAACUCUGCAUCUGCUAAGGCGAAAGGAAAGAAGUGUAAAUCUCAUAAUGAUCCACACAUGCGGACAUUUGAUGGUCGAACAUAUGAAAACCAACAUGAGGGUGUCUAUACCUUGUAUGAACAUAUUGACCAACACACACCAAUGCAAGUUCAAAUAAAACUUGACCACUGCUGGCCAGGUUCCUCAGUAUUCUGUAAUUGUGGUGUUGCAGUUCGAGCUGGGGGUGAUGUUUUCAUCGCUGAUAUAUGCAACGGAAAGAAGAUGAUGGGUUAUAAAACAUGCCAUGACAAAAUAUUAGAUGUUCGUCGAUUCAAAACAAAUGAAAAAUUGUAUACUAUUUUCUUCCCAACGGAAACACGAAUAGACAUAACUUGGAGUAUAAGUUUCUUUAACGUUGAUAUCACAGCUUCUGUUCAUGACUACAUGCAAACAAGAGGAUUAUGCGGCAACCUGAGUGACACUUGCACGGAUGAUUUUCUUCUAAAGGACAACACAAGCAGCACCACUCAUAUCACGUCACACCAAUGCGAUAAGGCAGUGAUGUUUCAACAUGAUAGUCCUUCGGAUUUCAUCGCAUCUUGGAGUUUAACUGGAAAAAGCGCACCCGAAAAUCUGUUCGAACUUCAAAAUGAUCAGCAUAUUGGAUUAUGGAAUACAAUGGACAGCCUGUGUGAAUGUCCUAAAGAUUUUAGUGAAGCAGGACAUUUUGGAUGUUCUCCGGAAAAAUGUGUGACUUGUACUCGAGAUGAUGAUUUUGAUCCUGUCGGAUCACGAACAUGCCAUGAAACACCAGGAAGGAGAAAGAGAUCUAUAGAAUUUCCAUUUAAAAGCUUCAAUAGUCGAAGAUAUCGUCGUUCAGCUUCAAGCGACAGAAAGACUUCUAAUGUGACAAUGACAUCACAGCAGGCAAUGGCUUAUUGCCGGAACACUAUUGGCGAAUCUGGUAUAUAUAAAGCAUGUGGAAAAAUUGACAAUAUUAAAAGCAAUACAGCUAUAGAAUCUUGUGCUCUGGAUAUCGAGCUUGCAAAAUCGUUAGACUGGACUGAAAGUACGAUGGAAACUUUCAAAACAGGCUGCUUAGGAGAGCUACAAGCUAAUGAAACACUGCAGAGAAAUGGGUCACACGGAGCACCAUCAAUUGCUGAAUCAGUUCGUAGUAUACUUUGUCCUGGUCUUCCAGAAUGCAGUACAAAUGGUGAAUGCGUCAAUGGAACCUGUAUCUGCAAUGAUACUUUUAUCGCUUCUGACUGUUCGAUUGAUAAAAGACAACCUCCCGAGAUGUUUGGAGUUAGAGGAGAUGGACUAUGUGACACAAGUGAAAUUGAUUGCGACACUGCCUUUGUAUUGGGUGAUCAUGUAGGAAGUAGCCGUGAACUAUCUUGCCGUGUGCAUAAAUAUCAUAUUUCAAAAUCUGGCGACAAAACUUCAACUGGUACCUGGAUUGCAAAUGCCUCUCUUGAAACAUUUGUUGAAGUUCAUUGUCCUUUAAGAGAUCAACUACCCCUUCGGUUAAAACGGAGUGUAGAAUAUGAAAUGUUUAUGGAAGCAUAUAAGUUAAGUAUCAGCUAUGACAUGGAAAACUUUGGACAGGAAUUAGACCUUAUUAUAUACGACUCUAAGUGCCAAAUUGCUGAUCCUGAUUCAAAUCCACCACUAUUUGCUCUCAAGAAAUCUACCUGCUAUAUUGACGGCAAAUGUUAUUUUGAUGGUGAACAAAAACCUGAAGAUGUAUGCAAUAUCUGUAAUCCAUUAUCCCCGUAUACAUGGUCUAUACCACUUGAAAUCGAAGGUUGUGUCAAAAUUGAAAAUGAAGGUUUUGGAUGGGUUGCUGGACCAGUAGUCGGUAGUAUUGUCCUAGUUGCAGUAAUAAUAUGCGGUUACGUCUUGUAUCAAAAACGGGCUAGAGCAAAGAUAAAGACAUUUAAAGACAUACAGAGUCGAAAUGAACAGUAA